AUGGAAGUCAAUAGAAUCAGUGUCUGCGUGUGUAUUCACAUAUUCGUCGACCACCUUCCAGUCAUCCAGUCAUCGCCACAAGUCACCAUCACAAUGUCAAGAUACCAGUCAAAGCUUGAUGUUGAGAAGACACAGGAAGCUAUCAAAUACAUGAGACACUGUUUCCAGAAACACCUGUCAGCCAACUUGAAAUUACUGCGAGUUUCUGCUCCAUUAUUCGUACCUGUGAACAGUGGUUUGCAGGAUGAUUUGUCUGGUGUGGAACGUGCCAUCUGUUUCGAUGUUCGAUCCGGUGAACGUGCAUACAUCAAUCAGUCGUUGGCUAAAUGGAAACGCAUGGCACUACACAAAUACCCAUUGAAGCACUACCAAGGCAUUUACACAGACAUGAAUGCGAUAAGACGUGAUGAAGACGUCUCUUCAUUGCACUCCUACUAUGUGGAUCAAUGGGAUUGGGAACUGGUUAUCCAGAGGGAUCAGAGGAAUGAGAAGACAUUGGAGGAAGUCGUUGAAAAGAUAUAUGAUGCAAUGAAGCAGACGGAGAAGAUGUUGGAGCUGGAGGAUCUAUAUCCUGAGAAGACACCCGCUGAACGCGAGUAUCUUGCAGUCAAACAGUAUGGUGCUGUCUUCUUGAAGCAAAUCGGCAAGGUGUUGAAGUCGAAGCAAGUGCACGACAAACGAGCUCCAGAUUAUGAUGACUGGGAGUUGAAUGGAGAUAUUCUGGUGUACAGUGAACAUGAUGACAGAUGUAUUGAACUGUCAUCGAUGGGGAUCCGAGUGGAUGAAGUGUCGAUGGAUAGUCAGUUACGACAGAGUGGUUGUGAAUCCCGGCGUCAAUUCGAAUACCAUCAGAAGGUGUUGUCUGGUGAAUAUCCACUGACCAUAGGUGGUGGUAUUGGACAGAGUCGACUGUGUAUGUUCUUCCUUGAGAAGAAGCAUAUUGGUGAGGUACAGGUUAGUAUAUGGCCAGAACAUGUCCGUCGUGAAUGUGAGGAGAAUAAUAUCUUCUUAUUGUAA